UUUUUUCCGGGCUGUGCUUAGAGACAACGUUCGCGCGUUUUCGCUUCAUUCGGGGAAAUUAAUGUUAUUUAAAUGGUUCUUCGGUCAGUGUGAAGUUCGUUUUCAGAACGAAGGGAGGGCGCUACUCGUGGUCCCCGAUACGCGUAAACAAUUUUUAGAAAUGCAAAUACUGGGUUCAAGAAAAAUUAAAAUGCCACUCAUAAUUAACUCGACUGGAGAAGCAACCAAACGAAAUAAGCGAGAUAAAUUUGACAAACUGGUUUAAACCAACAAACUUAUUAACUUUUUUGUACUGUGUUGUUUACUAAUUGAUUCUUAUUGUAAAAAUGAAUCUGCGCCAUUAAAUGACAGCACCGAGUAAAAAAUUUCAGUACGAUCAUAUACCCCAACGAAAGGUUAUCAUCGUAGCUUAACAUUGGGCGAACGGAGCAAUGACAUCGCAUCGAAACAACGACGUACUCUAGGAAUUUCAAGAUGCAAACCGCCAGCAGCUUAAAAGGCAGCACAAACUCCCAGAACAGCUCGCUUCAAUAUAGCAGCGAUAUCAACGCAAUCAGCCUUGAACUACCCGAUCACUCGGAGGACUUUCAAUCAGUCAACGGAUUAAAGUAUUUGCCAUCUUGGCCAACGGUUAAUUUGCACUUUACGGAACUAAGCUAUGAAGUCCCCGAUCAGGCCAAUGCUUCAAAGACAAAGGCAAUUUUGCGGGGAGUAAACGGGGUGUUCCACUCCCAUGAGCUUACUGCGAUUAUGGGACCUUCAGGAUCCGGUAAAACCACACUGCUGAACCUGCUAGCGGGAUUUGGCAGCGCCGUUAGAUAUUCUGGAGAUAUAUUAGUCAACAGCAGUCCACGCGAUAUGCGGGUCUUUCGCAAAAUGUCCCGAUACAUAAUGCAGACAGAUGUUUUGGAUCCGCAGUUUUCGGUGCACGAAAUGAUGCUUUUGGCGGCAAACCUUAAGUUGGGAAAUGAACUCAACCUUGAGCAAAAGCUAGAAGUGAUUGACGAGAUAUUGGGAAUGCUUCGACUAAAAGGAUCCAAGGACACCAUGGCUCUAAAGCUUUCGGGCGGUGAACGAAAACGUUUGUGCAUUGCCCUCGAGCUGGUCAACAACCCGCCCGUCAUUUUUCUAGACGAGCCCACGACCGGCCUGGAUGAUUUGUCGAGCUCUCAGUGCAUUGCCCUGCUCAAAAUGUUGGCCGCCGGGGGACGGACUGUGAUCUGCUCAAUCCACACGCCAUCCGGCAAGAUAUUCGAAAUGCUCGACACUGUCUACGUCCUCGCCGAAGGCCAGUGCAUCUACCAGGGGAGCGGUUCCAACAUUGUGCCUUACAUGCAGCAACUGGGGCUGCGCUGUCCAAUUACCCACAACCCGGCAGAUUUUAUCAUAGAAGUGGCAUGCCUCGAGUACGGAAAAUGCUAUCACAAUCCAAUGGUGGAGGCCGUUGGCAACGGCAAAGUUGCGCGCUGGACUCCUCCAUCGAAGGAUGGCAAGGUGACUCCCACCAAAACCGACACCACUUCGGGCGCAUCCUCGUUCUACGAAAUGGAUCAAUUUGAAGAGGAGAUCAGCCCAAAACUUUUGCAAGCGAAGUGUAGCUGGUGGAUGCAGUACAAGCUUCUACUAGUGCGUAUGCUAAUCCAAAUGUGGAGGGACAAAUCGUACAUUAAGCUGAAGUUUUACAUGAACAUAGUAUUGGCGUUACUGGUGGGGUCGCUCUACUUUGGAAUGGGAACGUCGGCCUCUAAAGCACUUUUCAAUUUCGGUUUCAUGUUCACUAUCGUGAUAGCAUACCUGUACCUGCCUAUGAUGCCAGUGCUCCUAUACUUUCCAACGGAAAUCAAUCUGCUGAAGAGGGAGUACAACAACCAAUGGUACCGCCUUAGCUCGUAUUACGCUGCGAUGGUUUCCUCCAAGCUGCCAUCCAUGUUCGUCCUCGCCAUUAUUUAUCUGUCCAUUGUGUACUUAAUGUCCAGCCAGCCACUCGAAUGGUUCCGUUUUGCAAUGCUUUUCACAAUAGCUUUCGUUACGGCCUUGACUUCCGACAGUUUUGGCUUGCUGAUCUCUAGUAGGCUAAGCUUGGUGAAUGCGAUGUUCAUGGGACCAGUGGUAGCCGUGCCCCUGAUUCUGCUUUCGAUACACGGCAUCGGGUAUGGCAGAGGCACCUACAUAUCCCCUCUUAUGAGGUUUUUGAUGCAUUUAAGUUUCCUGCGCCACAGUAUGGAAGGCCUAGUUGCCUCCCUGUACGACUACGGAAGAGCGGACACAAUUUGCGAGGACACGGAAAUCUUUUGCUCCUUUAAGAAGUCCAAGGUUUUGCUGGCCUUUCUAGGUUUCGAGGACAUGCACUAUUUGUGGUCUCUCACCUGCUUGAUUGGCUUCUAUUUGUUUUUUACUGUUGCUGCGUACAUUAUGAUACGGCAGCGGCUUAAAAAAUCGGCGGCUAAUCCGAUUUUUUUAUACGUCCUACAACUGUUAUCUAAAUAUUUUAACUUUACUUCGUACAAUUACUAAACAAAAACUUGACCUGUUGGUGCCGGUGCUAUACAAAUAAUUUAAAGCGGGAUCGAUGGUCAGUCUAACUCAAUUCAAAUAGGCCAUAAUUUCUUAAAGAACAACUUGUAAGUUAGAUUAUAAUUUUCAAUAAAACAUUUAUACAGGUAAAUGAGUAAUAUUCGAUUAGAUGUAAAUUUUAAUAAGAAAAUAAACGAUAAUUAUAUAA